UCUUAAGGCUCAACUCAGGAGGAAAGCCUGGUUCUCUCGGUAUCGCGGUCUCUCUCCGUCACAGACCACUCCACAGAGAGAGAGAGAAACCUCAAACCUCGUAACGUGAACAAUGGCGUCGAUCCUUAACUGCUUAUUGUUACCCUCACCCAACGCCGGUGAACACACCCAACACUACCACUGGAACUGAAAACCUGUGGUUCUUUCUGAAUUGGGGACACCAGGUAUCUGCAACCACCUUAGCACCUCUCUGCGCGGAAAAAAAGUACAACUCUAGUCCUAGAUAUUCCGUAAAUGGACAUUCUAUUUGCUCAGAUCCAGGCUGAUCUGCGCUCCAAUGAUGCUAUUCGCCAGUCCGGUGCUCUUCUGCAAGCUCUUCAGCAGUCGGCCGCCGGCAGAGACAUUUCCGUCAUUGCAAAAUCAGCCUGUGAAGAGAUAGUUGCAUCUCCGGCUUCCGCCGUCUGUAAGAAGCUCGCUUUUGAUCUCAUCCGUUCGACUCGACUCACUGCGGAUCUAUGGGAGAUUGUUUGCACUGGUGUCCGCACCGAUCUCGACUUCCCAGACCCCGAUGUCACUGCUGCGGCUGUCUCUAUCCUUGCUGCUAUACCUUCAUAUCGUCUCGGCAAGCUCAUCGUCGAUUGCAAUAAGGAAAUUUCCAAUUGCUUUGAUUCUCAUAGUGAUAAUCUUCGGCAUUCAAUCACUGAAACGCUUGGAUGCAUUCUAGCGCGGGAUGAUCUCGUUACUCUGUGCGAGAACAAUGUAAAUUUGCUUGAUAGGGUCUCAAAUUGGUGGACGAGGAUUGGCCAAAAUAUGCUUGAUCGAUCUGAUGCAGUUUCGAAAAUUGCAUUUGAGUCAGUCGGAAGGCUGUUUCAGGAGUUCAAUUCCAAGAGGAUCAGCCGGUUGGCUGGGGAUAAACUCAUUGAUAGCGAGAAUUCGCUUGCUAUUCGGUCCAAUUGGGUUUCUUGGAUGAUUGAUUUCGUUUGGAAGAGCAGGAAUGCCUUGAUGGCAAGGUCCUUGAUUUUACCGAUUGAGAGUUUCAGGGUUACUGUAUUUCCACUUGUUUAUGCAGUGAAGGCCGUGGCUUCCGGUUCAGUUGAGGUCAUUCGGCAGCUCUCUAAGUCGUCUGGGAACAGUAGUAGUAAUACAGACAUGAUGAAUUUGGGUAACGCAGAGAAGCUUGUAGGUGUUUCGGAUGUGGUUACGCAUUUGGUGCCGUUUUUAUCAUCUUUGGACCCUGCUUUAAUAUUUGAGGUGGGGAUUAAUAUGCUGUAUCUAGCUGAUGUCCCUGGAGGUAAGCCUGAAUGGGCUUCUCAAUCGAUCAUUGCAAUCCUCACUCUUUGGGAUAGACAGGAGUUCUCUUCUGCUAGAGAAAGCAUAGUCAGAGCUGUUGUUACAAAUCUACAUCUCUUGGAUCUCCACAUGCAGAUUUCGUUGUUCAAGAGGUUGCUUCUUAUGGUCAGAAACUUAAGGGCAGAAUCAGAUCGUAUGCACGCUCUAGCAUGUAUAUGUCGUACAGCUCUUUGUGUUGAUCUCUUUGCAAAGGAAAGUGUCAGAAGAGGACAGAAACCCCUCGCUGGUACUGAUAUUGCUUCACUUUUUGAGGAAGUGAGGAUAAAAGAUGACCUUAACAGUGUCACUAGUAAAAGCUUAUUUCGAGAGGAGCUAGUUGCUUCGCUAGUAGAAAGUUGUUUUCAGUUGUCUCUUCCAUUGCCUGAGCAAAAGAAUUCAGGUACUGAGAGCAGAGUCAUUGGAGCUUUGGCUUAUGGUACUGGUUAUGGUGCAUUAAACUGGACGGAGCCAGCUCUGGAGGUAGUGGAAGUUUGUAGACCUUGCGUUAAAUGGGACUGUGAGGGGCGGAGUUAUGCCAUAGACUGUUAUUUGAAGUUACUUGUUAGAUUAUGCCAUAUCUAUGAUACCAGAGGAGGUGUUAAAAGGGUUAAAGACGGGGCUUCUCAGGAUCAGAUUCUCAACGAGACAAGAUUACAAAAUUUGCAACGUGAACUGGUUAAAGAUCUGCAUGAGAUGAACACACCUAGGAUAUGUGCCCGGCUUAUUUGGGCUGUUGCAGAGCACAUUGAUCUGGAAGGUCUGGAUCCACUCCUAGCUGAUGACCCUGAUGAUCCAUUGAACAUUAUUGUUGCAAAUAUCCACAAAGUCUUGUUCAGUGUAGAUUCAUCUGCAACUACAUCAAAUAGGCUUCAGGAUGUGCAGGCAGUUCUUUUAUGUGCUCAACGUUUGGGGUCACGUCAUCCUAGGGCAGGGCAGCUUUUGACUAAAGACCUAGAGGAUUUCAAAAAUAAUGGCCUUGCUGAUUCAGUAAACAAGCAUCAGUGCCGUCUUCUAUUGCAGAGAAUUAAAUAUGCCACAAGUCAUCCUGAAAGCAGGUGGGCUGGAGUUAGUGAAAGUAGAGGAGAUUACCCCUUUAGCCACCACAAACUUACUGUUCAGUUUUAUGAAGCAUCUGCAGCUCAAGACAGAAAGUUGGAAGGACUGGUCCACAAGGCCAUCCAAGAGCUUUGGAGACCUGAUCCUAGUGAAUUAACUCUUCUUCUAACAAAAGGUGUUGACUCUACUUCCAUCAAGGUACCUCCAAGUGUAUAUACAUUGACAGGAAGCAGUGAUCCUUGCUACGUUGAAGCGUAUCAUUUGACUGAUUCAACCGAUGGAAGGAUCACCCUGCAUCUAAAGGUUUUAAAUUUGACCGAGCUGGAACUUAAUAGAGUUGAUAUACGAGUCGGGCUAUCUGGUGCACUAUAUUUUAUGAAUGGAUCUCCUCAAGCGGUGCGGCAGUUGCGUAAUCUUGUUUCUCAGGAUCCAGUGCUUUGCAGUGUGACUGGGGGAGUUUCCCACUUUGAGAGAUGUGCCCUUUGGGUUCAAGUUUUGCACUACCCUUUCUAUGGAAGUGCUGCAGGAGAGUAUGGUGACGGAGAUUAUGCUGAAGAAGACACACAAAUCAUGAGGCAGAAGAGGAGUUUAAAACCAGAACUUGGAGAUCCUGUAGUCUUGAGGUGUCAGCCGUAUGUGAUUCCACUAACUGAUCUCCUUUUGCCACACAAAAUCUCACCUGUUGAAUAUUUCCGCUUAUGGCCUAGUUUACCGGCUAUACUUGAGUACUCUGGUGCAUAUACGUAUGAAGGAAGUGGUUUCAGGGCUACCGCUGCACAGCAAUAUGGCGCUUCUCCUUUUCUUAGUGGACUAAAAUCCCUUUCCUCUAAGCCUUUCCAUAGAGUUUGCUCACAUGUACUCCGAACAGUGGCUGGGUUUCAAUUAUGUUUUGCUGCCAAGACUUGGUUUGGUGGCUUCUUGGGUAUGAUGAUAUUUGGUGCUAGUGAGGUGAGCAGAAAUGUGGAUCUGGGAGACGAGACAACAACAAUGAUGUGCAAAUUUGUGGUCCGAGGCUCCGAUGCAUCAAUCAUAAAGGAGAUUGGAUCCGAUAUACAGGGGUGGUUAGAUGACAUUACAGAUGGGGGUGUGGAAUACAUGCCGGAAGAUGAAGUCAAAUUGGCUGCAGUUGAGAGGCUGAGGAUCUCAAUGGAACGGAUAGCGUUGCUCAAGGCUGCUCAACCACCACCAAAACAUUCAAAACCUGAUGAAGAAGAAGAGGAGGAAGAGGAGGAAGAGGAGGAAACUGAUGAGAUACAGAACAAGAGUAAGGAAAAGAAAGAAAAUGGUGAAGAAGAUGGUAAACAGAAAGGGCCUUCAACCCUAUCGAAGUUGACGGCUGAGGAAGCUGAGCAUCGUGCACUUCAGGCAGCAGUUCUGCAGGAAUGGCAUAUGCUUUGCAAAGAGAGAGUGACAAAAGUUCACUGAUUGUACUCACAGUUCUUCAGGUUUGGCUUUCUACUCUUGUAAGCUGAUUCUCUUUUUCGUUUGGAAGUAGUGCAAUAGGGACGGAAUGUGUGAUCAUGGAGUUGCAUUUCAUUUCUCCGUUUACUUUUUUUUUGUAUCCUUUGUACUGUUUUUUGGGUGUCCUUCCUCUUCCCCCACCCCCUAAGUUUUACUUAUACUUCUUUUUGGUUCUAUUGUACAUCAUGUAACAGUUUGGUACUUUGCUUUUAAUUGAGAAAUUUGUCGAGUCUCUAUAUUGUUU